AUGUCGGACGGCAAGCGGGCAGUCGAUUCAGACAAGGUCUGGACGACCUUGAUCACCAACCUCGACUACCUCCCGGGCCUCUUGACCCUCGACGCCUCCCUCAAGAACGUCAAGUCGGCCUACCCACUCGUCGCACUUUAUACAGACUCCUUCCCGGAAGAGGGCAAGAAGGCGCUCGCUGCUCGCGGCAUUCCCCACCAGCGCAUCGCCUACCUGCUGCCCACCAAGUCGCACCGUGACUACAGUGCCGAUCCCCGCUUCUACGACUGCUGGAGCAAGCUCACGCCCUUUGGCCUGACGCAGUACACCCGCGUCGUGCAGCUCGACAGCGACAUGCUGGUCCGCCGCAACAUGGACGAGCUCAUGGACCUGCCGCUCGACGAGCCGGAACUCGCCGCCCAGGACCCUGCGCCCGCCACCAGCCGCCGCAUCUUUGCUGCUGGCCACGCCUGUGUCUGCAACCCGCUGGGCAAGACGCACUACCCCCGCGACUGGGUGCCGGCCAACUGCGCCUUCACCUUGCAGCACGCCGACCCGGCCAAGGCCCAGACCGAGGGCGCCGACCCGGACCCGGCGCUGCCCAACCAGCCGUUCGGCGUCGAGCUCAUCAACGGUGGCCUGCAGGUCGUCGUGCCCAACAAGGUCUUGUUUGAGCGGAUCGUGUCGUUCAUGGACGAAAACGCCGCCGACCUCGACUUUGCCGACCAGAGCCUGCUGUCGACGCUCUUCCGCGGCCGCUGGGUGUCGCUGCCCUACACGUACAACGCCCUCAAGACGCUGCGCUGGCCCGGCGUGCACGACGCCAUCUGGCAGGACGACGCCGUCAAGAACAUCCACUACAUCCUGACGCCCAACCCGUGGGACGAGCUGGACCGCAGCGCGCCGGGACAGCCGCUCAAGGCCGGCCUCACACAGGACCCCCGGAACGUGGAGUCGCACGGCUGGUGGGCGGAGGCGCACCGGGCGCGCAAGGCGGCGGAGGCGGCGGCCGGGAUCGAGGACGAGUGGUAG